AUGUCUUUAUCUAAUAAACGAAAGGCAGGAGCACCAUCAAUAGAGCGAUCUGCUAAAGUUCCUAGGACUGCGCUCGGCAUGGAGGAUUCAAAUUCACAAAUAUCAAUGGCUGCAUUGUUCAGAGCGAAUAAGCUGGUUCACGAUUUGAAGGAAUCACAACUCCGUACUAUUCUUGUUCAAGCAUAUGUUUCUCAUCCUGAAAUAGCUCAUGUAGUCGAUUUGGAACACGCAAAAAUAAAUGAAACCCUGUCAGAACCGGACGCUGAACCGGAUCCUGCUCCUGAUUCUGCAUCUGACUCUGAACCGGAUCAUGUUGCCGGCGAUCAUGCUCGCGAGGGAAGUGAUAAUGAUAUGUCAGCAUCGGAGGACGAGAUGACCAAAAGAAACAGAAAGAUCACAGAAGUAAGGAGACAAUUAUUUUUAUGA